GUGCAACCAAGAACAAGAAGGCCACAACACAAACUGCGCCUUUGUCCUUCCCCACCUCUUUCCCGCGGCUGAGGAUAAAAGCAGAGAGACGGACGGCCACCACAAUCCACCCCAUAUUUACGAAAAAACCAACCCACAUGGCAUUGGCUCUAAACAGCAUAAUCCCCCACACCACAGCUUUAAGCCUAAGCACUUCUCUGCCCUCUCCCAAAAUGCCCUCCAGCCCCCAAUUUCAACAGCCUCACAACCGCCGCCAAAGCGGUCCGAUUGUCCAGAGCGCCGCCUCUUCCUCCCCCAACACCGCCGUCUCAGAUGUUAAGCCGCAGCUCCAGGAGGAGGACCACAGCAAUGGCUUCAAUCCCACUUCCACGUUUGCUCCUGCAUGGUCCGAAUUUGCCAGAAAUGUGUCCGGUGAAUGGGAUGGCCAUGGAGCGGACUUCACAAAGGAAGGGUACCCAAUAGAACUUCCCGAGAAUGUAGUGCCUGAAGCUUACAGGGAGUGGGAGGUUAAGGUUUUCGAUUGGCAGACUCAAUGCCCCACUCUUGCUAACCCAGAUGAGCACAUUCUUUUAUACAAGAAUAUAGAGCUACUUCCGACUGUUGGAUGUGAAGCUGAUGCUGCUACUCGAUAUAGAGUCUUUGAGAAGAAUGUUGGUGGUCUGAGUAACGAAGUUUUUGCCUUUGCAUAUCAGUCUAGCGGAUGUUAUGUGUCUGUCUUGCCAAUUCAGGAUAAGGGUACAUAUAAGUUACAGGAGUUGGAGUAUUGCUUGAUCAAUCCUCAAGAUAAAGAGUCUCGGGUGAGAAUAAUUCAGGUCAUCCGCAUAGAGAAUGAGAAGAUGAUGCUGCAGAAUAUUAGAGUUUACUGUGAGAAUUGGUAUGGGCCAUUCAGAAAUGGGGAUCAGUUAGGUGGAUGUGCUAUCUGUGAUUCUGCUUUUGCUUGUACGGCUGCACUGGAAGCUUCAGAAGUUGUUGGAACUUGGCGGGGUCUCAGUGCUGUUGCCAAUUUCCGUGGUACUCAAAAUAAUGUUUUUCAAGAACUUUUAGUCAACGGUGAGCAGAGCUCCAUGAGAGAUGAAAGUGGUCUCGUAUUGCUUCCCAAGCGGCUGUGGUGUUCCGUAAAAGAAAGUAAAGAUGGUGAUACUUGCAGCGAGGUAGGAUGGCUGUUAGAUCAUGGACGUGCCAUCACAUCAAGAUGCACAUUCUCAAGCACAGCAACGCCACAGGAAAUCUCAGUAGCGAAUGAAACUGCAGUUUUGAAGGGCACAUAGACAUUUUGGAUUAACUCAAAUUCGCAAUAUGCAAACACAGAUAUAGGACUCAUGAAAUGGUUUUGGGGUUUUGCAGUUGCAGGAGGAGAAGAUGAAAGUCAACAUCUUGCGUAUUAUGUUAUCCUGUUCUUUCUUUCAAACUACUCUAGUUUAUAUACCAUUUGCAACUAGCUCAUGUGGCAUGCUGUCGCUUCAUGGACAUGGGAUGCACAAGACGAAACAUGUGGGAUUUGUAGGAUGGCAUUUGAUGGUUGUUGUCCCGAUUGUAAACUCCCUGGGGAUGAUUGCCUGCUAAUGAGUACUCCAUGCAGCUCAAUGCUUCUCAUGUUAAAGUUCUUCAGUCUCAAAAUGAUAUGGUUAACUCCACGAAGGAGGCAGCAUCCAAGGAGCUUCUGAAUGUGGGCCAAGUAAAAUGAUAAUUAGGUGUCCCAUGAGAAAAGUAAAAUGAUCAUUCAAAUUUUGAUUAGAAAAGUAAUAUUAAGGACAAAGAAUUGCGUGCCCCAGCAUGGGAUGCUCUUGUCUAUUUCCUAUCAAGUCCACAAUUUGAUGCUAAAUUAAUUAGUUGUUUGUCUGUAUAUGUACUUUGCAAUGACUCUGCAAUGGCACUAGUCUGAUGCUCUGGGUUCAGUUGUUUGUUUUGGCUCAGUUGUUUUUUUUUGUUUAGUUUAGUUAUUUAGUUACUUGUGACAUAUCAAUGAUGAUCAUCUGUGCAAUUUAGGAUUGAGAAUGCAAUCAUGCACAUGAAUAUAAGCACGCAAAGAUUAUAUCACGCACAAUUGCUUUGUAAUUUUGGGUAAGAUUGUAUUCAGCCACCAUUGACCACUGAUUUUAAAAACUGAGACCAAGUAAUUUUGCAUCUUCGUAUCUUUGUGGAAAGCUUACUUCUUGUAUUGACAGUACCCUUUUAACUUACCACCCAUUGACCAGUUAGUCUGAUUGUAACUUUUUAAUUUGCAGGAGGCCGGAUUAUUGCAUUAGGAUUUCACCAUUCCAGAACUUGCUGUUUCUCUGAUUUGCAUAUUGAUUCGUGACAAAGCCUUAUGGCUUGAGUUUUGCCCUGUGAGCAGGUUCUGCCUCAUCAAACUCCAUCCCCUAAUUGUUUCAAACAGGAAGCAUAGAUCGAAAAAGAUUGCUGUUAUUCGGGAGUAGGAACUCAUCAUUACUAUAGGAAAUUAGGUUACAAGCUUGAAAGCCUUACAUGGUGAAAAUUUUUGUAUGACGAGAUUAAAAAAAAAAAGGUUUUCAUGCAAUUUUGUAACAUUAUCCUAAACAAGUUGUAACUUCAUAUUGCAUAACCAGUUUAUUUGUUUUGAGAUUCCAAAUACACAUUUCUUUUGUGGUA